GACUGUGUAACCAUGUGUACCCUACCACCACUGUCCACUCCCAAAUGAACCGAUCCGAAAGUUUUGUGUUAACAUAAACAUGUUUAUGUUUAUAUCUGACACGCAAUAGCUGUCGGCCCCAGUAAAAAAUAACAUCGCACUCAAAGAAAUUUCGCUUUGAAGCAAAUGCAACGAAAAUGGUCUUUUAUUGAGAAAAAAUUACACAUUUGCAAACAUUCAGCAGUUACUUGAUCAUAGUUCAACAGAUGGCAGGCAGCACUUUGAAACAAUUCAUAUGUCAAAAUCAAAAAUAUGGCUGUUCGCAAAAAUCUAACCAAAAUUUUAUGAACUGCCAAUUACUUUUUAAAAGUUUUUGCUUUCACAAAAUCCGAUGAUAGCUUUUUCUGAAUAUGUAACUGGAUAAUAUUCGAUGGCGACUGCAGAUCAAAUAGAUAAUGAAAAUCAUUACUAUGUCCGAGAGAUUGACUACAGUGAAAUACAAAAGAAAGAGGUUGUUGGCGAAGGUAGUUUUGGUAUUGUAUACAAAGGAAUAUGGAAUGACACCUUGGUAGCUGUGAAGAACAUAUCUAGAGAGACAGAAAAGAAGUCGUUUCUCAUAGAAGUGCGACAAUUAUCUCGAGUAAACCAUGAGAACAUAGUGAAGUUAUAUGGGGCUUGUACUCAAGGAAUGUUGUGUCUGGUUAUGGAAUAUGCUGAAGGGGGUUCUUUGUUCAAUGUGCUUCACAGAUCUAAUUUGCAAUAUACUCUUGCACAUGCUAUGUCAUGGGCUUACCAAUGUUCCAAAGGUGUAGAAUAUUUACAUUCAAUGAAGCCAAAACCACUGAUCCAUAGAGACCUGAAACCACCAAAUUUGUUAUUAAUAAAUGGAGGAGUUCAUUUAAAAAUAUGUGAUUUUGGCACAGCAGCUGAUAAGAACACUUACAUGACUAAUAACAAGGGAUCUGCAGCUUGGAUGGCACCUGAGGUUUUCUCGUCUUCCCACUACACCGAAAAAUGCGACGUGUUCAGCUGGGGCAUCAUUCUUUGGGAAGUAGUAUCCCGUAAGAAACCGUUUUAUAACAAAGGAGGGACUGCUUUCAGCAUAAUGUGGGCUGUUCAUAAAGGAAAACGACCACCGUUGAUACGAAAUUGUCCUUUGCCCAUUGAGAACUUGAUGACCACCUGUUGGGACCAUGACCCUAAAAACAGGCUCAGCAUGGCAGAGGUAAUUUCAUUUACUCAUCUUGUAGUUUUUUCCAUGGCGUAACCUGUUUCUUAUGGUUAAAAUUAUAUACAUACAGUAUGUUAGCACCAGUGCUAUACUGGAAAUCAUAACCAUAGCCCCACCAAUAAAUUUUGUUUUUUCUUUAGUUGUGUUAGAUGCAAGUUUAUAUAACACCUGGAUAAUUUUUUUGUUCAAUAAAUUAGAAUAAGCUCCAUAUACAUUAUUUUUGUUUGUUUUAUCAUCCGUAUGAGUUGUAUUAAGGUAUAAUUAUUGAACUGAGCGAGAGAAAGCCAAAAGUUGUCGGUGGAGUUAUAGUUAUGCUCUUCAGUUGAUGUAGAUCAAUUACGAUCGAGUGUGUUAACCAGUGUAACAGUAGUAGUUUUCUACUGUUCCGUGGCUGCGCUCUAUUUGGAGGUUAUGUUACAAAUAUUUACUUGCAUCAAGUUGUACAUGCUUUUGAUUUAUAUCAUCUGUUAUAUCAGCC